GAUUAAGACUAUAUUUGAAGAAUAAAUUUUGUAAACUCUAAAGUGUUGUAAAAAAUUACAGUGCUUAAAACACACAAAGUGCUCGGCCUUGAGGAGCACUGAAGCUGCUGGAGGGGGACAUGUUUGAGUCUGAUCUAAGCAGAAAGUGGGACCGGUGCAUGGCCGACAUGUUGUUGAAGCUAGGAAGAAUGUGGCUGAUAGCCUUUGGUUCUGGUUUGGGAUCAGAGAUGGAUUACUCCAACUGUCAGCAUGACUUAGAGGCUCCAUAUCACCUACAUGGAAAAUAUGUCAAACAGCAGUGACUUAUGCUGAUAACAACCGAGCGGGAGGAAAGAAAAACCUUGUUUAUUCUUCAGGAAUACU